AUGGCAAUACGCGGGUCGCAAUGGGAUCGACUGAAUCCCAUGAGGCUUGUGCGACAGCUCGGCAAUACCGCCCGUCAAUGUUGGCACAUGGGCGCAACCUCGUUUGGAGGGCCGCCUGUUCACUUUAAGAUUUUUCACGACAAAUUUGUUGACAAGAUUGGCUGGAUCGAUGAAGAAGUUUACCAAGAGCUCUUCAGCGUCACGCAAGCAUGUUCCGGCCCCGCAAGCACCAAGAUGCUCUACUGCAUCAACCUCAUCCAUGACGGAUUCCUCGCGGCAUGCUUUGGUUUCUUGCUGUGGAGCCUUCCCGGCGCCGCGGUAAUGUACGGCCUCUCCAUCGGCGUCUCCGGCAUCGGUGAAGGUCUCCCCCGCCCAGUCUACGCCCUUCUCUCGGGCCUCAACUCCGCCACAGUCGGCAUCAUCGCCCUCGCCGGCGUCCAGCUAAGUGAAAAGGCCAUCACCGACACCCCGACACGUCUCCUAGUCUUCUUCGGAGCCGCCGCUGGCAUGCUCCACAAUGCCCUCUGGUACUUCCCCGUGCUCAUGGCCGUAUCAGGCCUCGCUACCAUCGUGUACGAUUUCAGAUGGUUGCACCGUCCCGUCAAGGCAGUCGCCCGCGUCGUCAAGGCCCCGAUCCGGUACGCUCGUCGCAAAAAGGAAAAGGGGAGGAAGAACGAAGACGGCUCAUCAGGCGACGAAAACGCCGCCCCGGCGCCCGUAGAGCUCGACGACGUAACCGGUCACAGUUCCGCUGUCGUCGGCCCCUCCUCCUCCGGCGCCAUCUCCUCCAACCGCGGCAAAAACCGCGAAGACGACGACGACCCGCUCACCCUCCCCACGACCGAGCAGGAAGCCCAUGAACUAUCGUCAUCGCGACCGCCUAGCCCCGAGCCGCGCAUCGUCCCCUCCGAGCGCCGGCUCAACUUCACUUGGAAAUUCGGCCUCGCCGUCAUCGUGGGCUUCUUCCUCUCGUUCACCGUCAUCAUGGUUAUUCGCGGCGUGGUUAAGGAAAAGCCGCCGUUGUACGACGUGUUUGCAAAUUUCUUCCUCGCUGGUACCAUUAUUUUCGGCGGUGGUCCUGUGGUUGUUCCGCUUUUGAGGGAGUAUGUCGUUGCCGAGGGUUGGGUUAAGCCGAGGGACUUUCUUAUCGGCGUGGCUAUCAUUCAGAGUUUGCCGGGACCCAACUUCAACUUCGCUGUGUAUUUGGGCAGUCUCGCAGCGAUCACGCUGGGUUAUCCCUCCAUUGUCGGUGCAAUCCUGGGCCAUAUUGGCCUCUUCGUCCCAGGACUCAUCAUCGUCCACGGUACCAUGGGCGUGUGGGGUGCCAUCCGUGGCCUGAGAGCCGUCAAGUCAGCGAUUAGGGGUGUCAACGCCGCUGCUGUGGGGUUGAUCUACACGGCUGUGUAUAGGCUUUGGCAAAUCGGGUAUAUCGACGAGGGCUUUGGGCAGGGCACUAGUUUGGCGAAUGAGCCCUGGUGGGUUGUCGUGACGGCGACGAGCUAUGUUGGAGGGUACUGGUUUAACCUGAGCCCUCCGGUGGCGAUUCUUAUCGGAGCCGUUAUGGGGAUGAUUCGGUACGGGGUUGUCUCUGCAUAG